UGGCCCAUCCGCCGCCCGUAGAGACGGCCGAUCUGUAUCACCCGCUCGGGUUCUCGCGCGACACCACCGCCAACCUGGCUGCCCUUGCAGUUCCGCCACCGGGCAUGGGGACAGCGCUGGAUGCGUUGACUGCCCCUCAGCCGUUGAAUUCCCGUCGACCGGCGGCGCCGUCCCUCCCCAGCUUCGAGCUGCCGCCCCCGAACUUCCAGCUCGGCGUGAAGUAUCACCCCCAGCCCGCGCACACACACCCCGCGAGCAAUCACAGUGUCAAUAGCCUUCUGACGCCGCCCGCCUCGACACAGUCCGGCGAGACACCGAUACCGACCACCACAGCCGUGACAACCGCCGCGGUCUCUGCAUCCCCCGACCCGACCUCCUAUGCUCCCGCCUACUGGCCGGGCCAGAGUUCAUACACUGCUGCGUCCGCGGCGCCCCGUCAGUCCUGGAGCGCGGCUGUGAAUCCGUACCCGCCGCGCGACACCUUCUCCCCCUCCGUGAACCAUCUCCAUCGAAAUUCGGCGACCUCACCACCCGGGACCGAGACCAUCCCCAGCCAGCCGUACGACAUGAACCACCUCCCGCCGUUUCAGCAACCGCUCGCAUCGAGUAUGCCGGGCCCGAACUCGCAGCAUCAUGCUAUGACGCAUGCGAUGCUCACGGGGCACAAUGCGAUCCCCAAUCCGCCGCCGGCCCCGCCGCCGCUCCCCUCGAACGACCCGUACAUGACGAAAUCCUCGUCCGCUCCCUCGUACACCGGAAUCCAACAGAUAUCGAAUCCCGCGGGGGCCUAUGCUCCCUACGGCCAGACCAGCCUCGCGAUUCACCCGCCGGGACGGGUGGCGUCCAACCCGCCGCCGCAUCAUCUCAACUACCAGCGACAGCCGUGGCCCUCAUAUUCGCUACCCGCGAUGAACGGCCCCGUGAUGACGAACGUGCACAAUCCGAACGGACAGAUGUCCCUCGUCGGCAAUCUGCAACCGGGCCUACUGGGGUACAACAGCGGCCAAUUAGCCAUGCAACAGAUGUACGGGGGUCAUCCCUCGCAUGCGGGCCACGCAUCCGGUCCGACGAACGACCGACCGUUCAAGUGCGACCAGUGUCCGCAGAGUUUCAACCGGAACCACGACCUGAAGCGACACAAACGGAUCCAUCUCUCCGUGAAGCCGUUCCCCUGCCAUCAUUGCGAUAAAAGCUUCUCUCGCAAGGAUGCCUUGAAGCGACAUAUUCUCGUCAAGGGAUGCGGCAAGGACGUGUCCGACACGAUCCCGAAGCAGGAGAGUGAAUCGGUGAAACAGGAAGACAAAGACCUGGACCAUGGCUUGUCGGUUUAGGCUGAUCC